AUGCCGCACACGUAUCAAUCAGUGGCGAAAAAAGUGCAGGAGUUUCUUGUUGCGAACCAUGAUCGUCCGAUCGCGUUCAUUACAAGCGGUGGCACAAAAGUGAACUUGGAGAAGAACUGUGUACGAUUUAUUGAUAAUUUCUCAAUGGGAACCCGAGGAGCAACCAGCGCCGAGUAUUUUCUCAAGGCUGGUUAUGCAGUAAUAUUUCUACAUAGGGAAGAAUCGUUAAAACCGUUUUCUCGACUCUUUCCUCGUAUUUUCGAUUCGUUAAAGAUUGAGAAUGAUAAGGUUGUGUGCGAUUUACCACGAAUAAAAGAAGCUGUUGAGCAGACUGCACUGUAUAAAGACCGAUUAAUUUAUGUACCAUUUUCUACGUUGGAGUCAUACUUCUUUUAUUUGGAAGAAAUCAGUCGCCUGCUUGCUCCGUUGAAAUCCAGAGCGCUUUUCUAUUUGGCAGCUGCUGUGUCAGAUUUCUAUGUUGAAGAGGAAAAACUACCUACCCAUAAGAUUCAGUCAAGUGGUGGUGAGCUGAACCUUCGAUUGAGCUUAGCUCCCAAAGCUAUCGAUCAAAUUGUUAACAAACUCGUUCCGGAUGCUUUUGUAGUGUCAUUUAAACUCGAAACAGAUGAAUCGCUAUUGAUCACAAAAUCUCGUGCGGCAUUGGAGAAGUAUAAACACGAACUAGUGAUUGGAAACAUCUUACAAACAAGAAAAAUGCAUGUAGUCAUUGUGGAUGCGAAGAACACAGAGAAUAUCGAUUUAACGCAGGAACAGCUGAAGGAUGGAGUUGAAAUCGAGCAAGAAAUCAUAGCGAAUCUUCAACGUCGCCACAAUGAGUUCAUGUCAAAACGUAAAGAAAAUAUGGACAAGUACGUUAUUUCGGAAGAAGAAGAAGUGUUGGAUGCGGAACCGCCAUUCGAAGAUUCACUCAAAGGAGGCAUCAAAAUCAUGGAAAUGCGCAAGAAUACGAAAUUUGGACAUAUUAUCGACUAUGUUAAUAAAUUAUUUGAGGACGAAACAGUGCGUCGCGUGAUUUUCCGUGGUGUUGGCGAUGCUGCCGAGAAAUGUGUUUCCUGUGUGGAAGUGUUCAAGCGGAAGUUUAAGGAGGAACUAUAUCAAUGGAAUGCGCUGAGUACAGCAAAACGUGUUACUUAUUGGGACCCUAUUGUUGAAGGAAUGAACAGACUAAAAGUGACUAUCGAUACUCCAGUGAUCUUCAUUAUGCUUUCACGCGAUCCUUAUCCAGCAGAACUACAGUGUAUGAGUAUGCAAAAAUCAUCUGAUAAAGGAACGAAAACUCGUCCAAAACCUCCUGAAACACGACCUGCAAGACGAGGUGGUAAGCGACAACAGCAACGUGGGUCGAACAAAUGGUCAAGGCCAGCUAAGGAUGCGAGGGAAGCUGAAACGGCAGAAAGGCAGGAAAUACUUGAGAAACUGGAAAAGUUACCGUGA